AUGAAGUUCAACAUUGACGAUCUUCCCGUGCUCUUCCCAUAUCCCAGAAUUUAUCCUGAGCAAUAUGCCUACAUGUGCGAUCUCAAGAAAACCCUGGACGCCCAAGGCCAUUGUGUCUUGGAGAUGCCUUCGGGGACUGGAAAAACCGUCUCACUGCUGUCCCUCAUUGUGGCCUAUCAGCAAUACAUGCCGGAGAAACGCAAGCUGAUCUACUGCUCUCGAACAAUGUCCGAAAUCGAGAAGGCUUUGGUGGAGUUGGAAGCGCUCAUGAAGUACCGGGCCGAGCAGCUUGGGUACGAAGAAGAUUUCCGCGGGUUAGGCUUGACGAGUAGAAAAAACUUGUGCCUUCACCCUUCAGUAAAGCGUGAAAAGAGUGGCGCAAUUGUCGAUGCUCGGUGUCGAAGUCUCACUGCCGGAUUCGUAAAGGAGAAGAAGGAGAAGGGUGAAGAUGUUGACCUUUGCGUCUACCACGAUAACUUGGAUCUUUUAGAACCUCACAACCUGAUACCAAAUGGUGUUUGGACCUUUGAGGGGAUUAUGAAAUAUGGCGAGGAACACAAACAAUGUCCAUACUUCACGGCACGGCGAAUGAUGGAAUACUGCAAUGUUGUCAUUUUCUCAUAUCACUACCUUCUCGAUCCUAAAAUCGCUGAGCGAGUGUCGAAGGACUUCUCAAAGGACUGCAUCAUUGUCUUCGACGAAGCCCACAACAUCGACAACGUAUGCAUUGAAGCUCUCAGUACCGACAUCACAGAGGACUCUCUGCGGAAGGCCACUCGCGGAGCCGCCAAUUUAGAGCGCAAAAUAUCAGAAAUGCGAGCCACCGACCAGGAGCAGCUACAGAAUGAAUACGAAAAGCUCGUCCAAGGGCUACGAGACACUGAUGCAGCUAGACAAGAGGAUGCUAUAAUGGCCAAUCCCGCAUUGCCUGAUGACUUAUUGAAGGAAGCCGUGCCAGGAAACAUCCGGAGAGCAGAACAUUUCGUUGCAUUCCUCAAACGUUUUAUUGAAUACCUCAAGACUCGGAUGAAAGUUCGUCAAGUUAUCUCCGAAACGCCUCCGUCCUUCCUUGCACAUCUGAAGGAGCAUACUUUCAUUGAAAAGAAGCCUCUCAGAUUUUGUGCCGAACGCUUAACCUCAUUGGUGCGGACCUUGGAGCUCACCAACAUCGAAGAUUAUCAACCAUUGCAAGAAGUUGCCACCUUUGCUACUCUUGUAGCCACAUAUGAGAAAGGCUUCCUCCUGAUUCUCGAGCCCUACGAAUCAGACACUGCCGAAGUCCCAAACCCGGUCCUUCAUUUCACUUGUCUCGAUGCAGCCAUCGCCAUUCGACCAGUCUUCGAAAAGUUCUACUCCGUCAUCAUUACAUCCGGAACAAUCUCCCCGCUGGAGAUGUACCCCAAAAUGCUCGAUUUCCCGACUGUGAUCCAAGAGUCCUACAGCAUGACUUUGGCUCGCAGAUCAUUCUUGCCUAUGAUCGUGACCCGCGGAAGCGACCAAGCCGCCAUUUCUACAAGUUUCCAAGUCAGAAAUGAGCCUAGUGUGGUGAGAAACUACGGCAAUCUCCUCACUGAAUUUGCCAAGAUUACACCGGACGGAAUGGUCGUUUUCUUCCCUUCCUAUCUGUACAUGGAAUCGAUCAUCAGCAUGUGGCAGGGCAUGGGCAUCCUAGACGAGGUGUGGAAGUAUAAACUGAUCUUGGUCGAGACGCCCGACGCCCAGGAAACCUCCCUGGCCCUCGAAACAUACAGAACGGCAUGCUGCAAUGGCCGAGGCGCAGUCCUCCUCUGCGUGGCUCGUGGCAAGGUCUCCGAAGGUAUCGAUUUCGACCACCAGUACGGCCGGACGGUGCUGUGCAUCGGCGUCCCCUUCCAGUACACCGAGUCGCGAAUCCUCAAGGCCAGGCUGGAAUUCCUGCGCGAGACGUACCGGAUCAAGGAGAACGACUUCCUCUCCUUCGACGCCAUGCGUCACGCCGCCCAGUGUCUCGGUCGUGUCCUGCGUGGAAAGGACGAUUACGGUAUCAUGGUCCUCUCGGACCGCCGCUUCCAGAAGAAGAGGACCCAGCUGCCGAAAUGGAUCAACCAGGGCCUCCUCGAAGCCGACACCAAUCUCAGCACCGACAUGGCCGUCAGCAGCGCCCGGAGAUUCCUGCGCACGAUGGCCCAGCCUUUCCGUGCCAAGGACCAGGAGGGUAUCAGCACAUGGGGCUAUGAAGAUCUCAUGCAGCACAAGGAGAAGAUGGAUAACGACAGGAUCCGUGAGCUUGAGGAGUCCAAUGGCAAUGGCGUGGCCAACGGCAAGGCUGGGAACGGUGAUGAAUACGACGACUUGGCAGAUGAGGAUUUGAUGGAGGUGGAAGGGUUCUAA